GCUAAUUAGCAGUAGGACGUGCGUGUCAUUUACAUUUAUGAUAUGUCGCAGACUUCUGCUCUCUUAACUUUCUUUAAGAUGUUCUCUCUGAUCUCAUUUCUUUUUUUAUUUUUUUAUCUAUAUACGUACUGAGGCACAUCUUUCUGUAUGUAGACACACCUGAUCAUAUAAGUGCAUUUGCCAUUUCCUUGUGUGCAGCAAGUCUGCUUGCACCUGUCUGUCAUUUUAUCUCCAAAUAAAGGUCACUGUUGAUAAAAAUCACUGCAGUCAUUUCCUGUCACAUGAAGACAUUGUGUUGAGCCAUGUCCUUUGUGUUAAUUUGUCCUGAUACUUUGAUGCUAAAAAGAUGGCAAGAAGACAGAGAGGAUACUGGGUACUUCAUGCACAGCACUUGUAGCAUAUUUGUGACCAGCAGGACAGUGUGGAUGUUAGGAAGUGGCAAGGACAGGUUUCCUCUGUUGAGGGCUUUCCUGUAGAAAAAAAUGCGCUUGUGCAUCUGCAUACAGGAAGUGUGUUUUAAAACGUAGUGAUGUGAAAGGAGUCCGGGGCAGAUCUACUGUCUGGUGUUCUCGGUUCGCACACAGGUUUUCAUCAGAUGCCACCCUGCUCAGUGUUACGAUCGAGACUCUGGAUGCCCCCACCUCCCCUGGGUUGAGCGAGCGAGCGAGCGAUAUUUCACAUGCAGAAACCACCAAGGGGGAAACCCACUCCUGCACUCCCUCUCUUGCUGAAACACUAUGAAGUACCUGUGCCAAGAUCACCAAAAGAGGACCAGUGCUCAUUGAAACGAUUGAUGUCUGCAUGGCAAGACCGAAAGUGAACCAGCAAGAGAAAAUUGAAAACCUUCACAGUGACCUGCGCUCUAUGGAGAAGCGGCUUCAGUGCAUGGAGCUGGAGACCCGAGAACAGAUCACUCAAAUUCAGCAGGAGUGUGAAACGAAAAUCCGAGGUUUGAUGCCUGCCGAAAUAAGAAAAGAGCUGGAAGACACAAUCACCUCCCUCAAAUCGCAGGUGAACUUCCUCCAGAAGAGGGCAUUAGUUUUACAACAGGAGCUGGAUUCCUACCACAGCAGGUGAGCCAAGCCAACAGACCCCACACCCUGGAGUUGCCGGACUGUAAUGAAGACGUGGAUGGUUUGUGUAACGCACUCGUUUUUCCAUCAGUUGCCACAAAUCUCAUCACUGCUGCUCAUGUCAUUCCUGCAUGUCUUUUUUUUAUGCUUAUGUAUUUUUUACAUUUUUAUUACUUUUUUAAUUAAACGUGUCACUUUUUUA